UUGACGAAGCGAAUGCGGGGGUGAAUGGUGAAUGUGGUUCCUUCCGCCCUUAAAUAUUCUGUGUUCUUCUCUCCUUCCCCGCCUUUCUCUCUGUUUUCUCUCUGUUUCAUUCCAUUUUAGCAAUUUCCCCCCACAAAUUCUCUCAUUCUCUCUCAGCCUCCACCAUUCAAUUCAUUCCCUUUCCCAUUUCCCAUCCAAUCUUUUCAAUCCCCAAUUCCCCAUCCACUCCCUCCGAUCCAAUUCCCAUUUUCCCUCUCCAUCAUGGCGGAUUCGCCAUUGAAGAAACCGCCGCUCCAGAAGCCCCCUGGCUACAAGGAUCCCAAUCCCUCCGGCUCCUCCUCCACCUCCUCCGCCCCCCACCUCCCACCCGCCACCAGAAACAAGCCUCGCCUCCCUUCCUCCUACAAACCCAAGAGGAGAAGACGCAACUGCUGCAGAACCUGCUGCUGCGUUUUCUGUUUUCUCAUCCUCUUCCUCAUCGUCGUCGCCGCCCUUGCCAUCGCUCUCUUCUACCUCAUCUACGACCCUAAACUCCCCGUCUUUCACCUCCUCGCCUUCCGUAUCUCCUCCUUCAAAGUCUCCGCCACCCCCGACGGAUCCUUCCUCGACGCUCAGGUCUCGAUUCGAGUCGAGUUCAAGAAUCCGAACGAUAAGCUCGCGAUUAGGUACGGGGCGAUUGAGUACGAUGUCACGGUUGGGCAGUCGACGGAUUUUGGGCGACGGGAGCUGGCUGGAUUCACGCAGGGGAGGAGGAGUACGACCACGGUGAAGGCGGAGGCGGCGGUGAAGAAUAAGAUGCUUGCGGUGGAGGAUGGGGCGAGGCUGUUGUCGAGGUUUCAGAGUAAAUCGAUGGAGGUGAAAGUGGAGGCGGAGACGACGGUGGGAGUGGUGCUUCAAGGCUGGGGAUUGGGUCCGAUCAAUGUCAAGUUGGAUUGUGAGUCUAAAUUGAAGAACAUUGAGGAUGGCGAUAUGCCUAUAUGCAACAUCAAUUUGCUCAGAUGGAUCAAUAUUCGUGGAUGAGAUAAUUCCUCCAAGAAUUAUAUUUAUAUUAAAAAUGAUAAUCAUUCUCUCUCUUUUUAAUUUUUUUUAUAUUGGUGUGAAAAAAAUUUUCAAUUUUUUUGUACCCAAAUUGGUUUUUCUUUUAGAUUGUUGAAAUAAUUUAUUUUAACCAACUUCAUCAAUUAUAUUGCUCACAAGAAAAAAGAAGAUAAAAAAA